AUGUUGGCAGCGACUUCAGUGAUUCCUUCAUUUGUCAUUCCCUUGGAGUUGUCGACGACUACGACAACGUCGAGCCAUAGGUUGGCGAGAUCUCCUCCACAUUCACGAUCGACGUUGGUACCUCCGGGUGUUGGGCGAAGUGUUGAGGCCCCGAGGGUGCUGUCUACGAUGUGGCAUUUAGUUGCCACGUAUCUAUUGCUCUUCGCCACGUUAUCUAUUGGCUCCGCCCCUCCGACGGAUAGAGAUUGUGGACAUGACUUGAUCAACUUGUGGUUGGAUGUAGUGGUUGUGGUGGAUAACUCAAUUGGAAUGACGCAGGAGGGGUUGACGGAGGUGGCUGCCCAAAUCGUGACAGUUUUCGGUGGUGGCACGCGGAUCGGAACGAACAAUUAUGCUGAUAAACGGACGACGCGAGUGGGAUUGGUCACUUAUAAUGAAGUGGCGAAUAUUCAAGCCGACCUAAACCGAUUCCAGUCUGCAGACGAUUUGUUCAACAGUGUCUUCAGUAUCCUUCCCCAUUUGAGCAGUUCCGAUGAGGUUUAUUUGGCAAAAGGAAUUGCCGCAGCGGAACAAGUGCUCACCGCUGGCCGCAAAAACAACACCCGCUCAAACUACAAACAAUUCGUGUUAAUCUAUGCAUCCGCUUAUAAUGAUGAUGGAAUGGGAGACCCCCGACCGAUAGCUGAAAGGCUGAAGACCUCCGGUGUGAACAUUGCGACAGUGGCCUUCGAUCAGACAGGCGAUCAGGAUAUAUUGAAGGCUAUCGGGGAGAUAGCGAGCCCCGGGUUUAAUUUCACGAAUAAAGAUGAGGAUUUGGUGGGAGAAGUGCAGGCGGCAAUGGUGCAGACCAACUGCUACUGCUCCAACCUGUGGCACCAAUACCGCGACCAAUUCGGUGUCGCCUCCUCCCAAAAAUACGGUGUCUGCCUGCGACCUGUCGCUAUCACAGCCGGAUGGACACCCGCUAAAUUCGCGUGCCAAAAUAUGAUUCAAAUGGGAUACAUGGUGACGGAAUACAAUCAGAAGAAGCAUGAUUUUGUGUUUAAGCUGAUCCAAAACGACACCUCGUUCCCUGAACCUUAUAUCUAUCAUAUCGGAUUGAGUUAUGUAAAUGGUGGAUACUUUUGGCAACAACCGGUUGGACAUGCGUUAGUACCGGUAAACUCAAACGAUAGCUUCUGGAACCCCGGGUUCCCUCAACAAUCCUCCACCAGCCCCGCUGUCCUCAACCAACAAGCGAGUUCCGUGAUCUCAGUCGGAUGGCAAAACGUGAAUCAGUUUACUGUAGCCGAGAGAUAUGUCUGCGAAGUCUCCUCGUGUGAUACUGAGAACUAUUGUGAAUAA